AAAGUUUAAUGUCAGGACGAUGUUUGGGCUGCAAAGCUCUGAAGAUGGGAGUGAUGGAUGUGGCUACUUGGAUUUACUGAGCACUGAAGAGCUGGAGUGUAAGAUCUGCUACUUUGCAUACAACUUAUGCAGUCGUCGGCCCAAGAUGCUGGAGUGCUGCCACCGCGUAUGCUCCAAAUGCCUCAUUAAGAUCUUAGACCUGGGUGAGUCGCCUCCCAACGCCUUAGUGUGUCCUUUCUGUCGCUAUGUGACCAGACUACCAGGAGAGGCAGUAAACAGCCUGCCAGAUGACUGUAACCUGGUAGCAACGUUGGCUCUCCAAAGUAGGAAUCAGAGGAACCUUCACUUCCACCAGGAUGCGACAACAGAGCUGCUACUUAGCCCACGCCGCCUGAGUUCCCUGAUGGGUGGAAACUCACCUUUGAUGUCCCCUUCCUCCAUCUCCCCUAAUUUUGUAGUCAUCACGAUCAUGGAGCCUCCACCGGCAUCUACAUCCACCCAAGACCUUCAUCACCAGCAUGGUUCUCACACAUCAAACCAGGGCUACCGCUCAUCUAGUCUGGACUCUAUUGCGUCCAUCACACAGAGGUGGACUGUCUGGAACUGUGCAGCCCUCCUGUGUCAGACUUCAGCCCGGGCACUAGUGUGGGUGCUGGGGCUCCUGUACUUCAGCUCUCUGCCGAUGGGGGUUUACCUGCUCAUCAUGCAGAGGACAACGGUCGGGGUGCUGCUAGUGAGUUUGGUCCCCGCCAGCCUCAUCAUGAUCAUGAUCUAUGGCUUCUGCCAAUGUAUCUGCCAUGAGUUCUGGGACUGCAUGCCACCAUAA